AUGUCGAUAUUCAAGCUCCUGGGACUCAAGAAGAACGCCACAGAGAAGGAAAUUAAGACUCAUUACAUAAGGAGAUUAAUUCAAGUGCAUCCAGACAGGCCUUCAGGAUCAAAAUACGAAUAUCUUAAGCUAAAUAAUGCAUAUGAAGCAUACAUUAGAGACAGAGGAUUCCAGGAAAUGCCAUAUGCCGUUUGUAUGCGUACAGAAAUACACUCAAUAUCAUGCAGAUGUGGAGAAAAAUACAAGCCUUAUCAUGAAGUAGACAAUAGAAUUGACUGUGAAUGCUGUUCAUGCUUCAUAGAAAUCGAAGACGGCAUCCUUCAAAUAGAUGCAACUCAUUAG